GUUCUAGGUACUCUCUUUUAUCCGACCAACCUAUCUGCGAAACUUUCGUCCGUUAUACUCAUUCUCUUGGUGGCAGCGAUUGACUUUUUGGAAUUUUCUUCGCAGACACGGUUACUGUUGCUGCUCCUUCCAGCAUCAGUGACCCCUAGAUCUUCGGGACCACGAAACCGCCGUCAUGGCAAAAGACGAGUCCACGCAAUCGCAAUCCGUCUCGGAGCUUAACACUUGUGUGUCCACCGGUCACCGAACUGUUGCCAAAGAAGCGACCUUUCGAGAAUGGAUGGACGCGAAUCAAAUCGGAGUCUCACUGACUAUGCUUGGCACGCUUUUGGCUGCUCAUAACCUCUACCCCACCCUCCGACCAUACACGGCGCCGUUCUUCCAAUUGUCGCACUACCAGCCUUCCGAAGGGGUCUAUGUCCAAGGAUUUGACGAUGUGUACUUUGUUAUCAGCUCCGCCAUCACCUUCACCGCCGUCCGAGCGAUUGCCAUUGAAUGGAUCUUCCGACCAGCUGCCAGAUAUGCGGGAUUGAAGCGGAAGGCUUCGAAUCGGUUUGCCGAGCAGGCGUGGAUGUGGAUGUACUACGCGUUCUUCUGGACGUUUGGAAUGUAUAUCUGGACAAACUCCUAUUACUGGAUGGAUUUCAAGGCCAUUUGGGCUCAAUGGCCCGCGAGGGGUGUCUCUGCAAACCUGAAGUGGUACCUCCUGGCGCAGCUGUCAUUCUGGUUUCAGCAGAUCCUGGUUAUCAACAUGGAAGAAAGGCGAAAGGAUCACUACCAGAUGUUGACUCACCACAUCCUCACCAGCACUCUCCUGACCUCUGCCUAUAUCUACGGUUUUUAUAACGUUUCGAAUGUUGUCCUGUGUCUGAUGGACAUUGUCGACCUGUUGCUGCCGACUGCCAAGAUUCUCAAGUACUUCAAGUUCGAGCUCGGCUGCAACAUCACCUUCGGUCUGUUCAUGGUGACCUGGUUGAUUACGCGUCACAUUUUCUACCCUCUACUCUGCUGGUCUAUCUACAAGGAUGUCCCUGAUGCAAUGGCCUACGGCUGCUACUCCGGUACCACCGCGGAGAUGAUCUCCGCCGACGGAUACCCGAACCGAUUCCGCUACCUCUUUAACCCGUUCUUGGACAUCAAUAGCCCCAUCUGCAUGAAUCGCACCGUCAAGUGGAUUUUCCUUGGUUUUCUUCUGGCGUUACAAUUGCUCUCUCUCAUAUGGUUUGUGAUGGUUGUCCGCGUGGCCGUGAACGUGCUCCGAACCGGAAAUGCUGAGGACACUCGAAGCGACGACGAAGAGGAAGCGGAAGUCCGGUCUGCGGGCAAGGACGCGCCCAACAGCAACGCAGUCGGUGUGGACGGGGUGAAUGCCGACUGGCGACGAGCCUCGAACGGCUCAGCCGGCAUGCGACCUCGCGCGCGGGGCCGAAUCCCACUCGGCGACCAGAGCGAUCGCAAGGCCCUCCUUGGCAGGAUCGGAUGCGACAAGCCGACGUAGAAUCCUUCUAUGUCAUGCCUGGGAUCCGUCCAGCGCUCGUGCUUCUUUUAAUGUUAUUAUGAUUUGUGCCGAUGUUCCAGCAUCAAAAUGAACUACCUCGAACUCAUUUACCAAAAAAGCAAAAAGUGGGAGAAGUGCGGAGGCAGCCCUCAAUACCCAGCAGUAUUCUUUUCUACAUUCUCGUUAGACCUCGAUGUGUUCGAUACAUGGGAAUCGAUCGAUUGGUUUCUUUUUAUUUUCUUAUGAUAUGCCACUGUUGACGGGGAGGUCCGGCAGGAUUAAUCGUUUGUUAUACCUUUCCUCCUCGUUUAUGGAUGACUGUCUGCCCUGGAAGGUGAU